GAAUUCGAAAUUCAUCCACCACAUCUAUUAUCUUCUUUGCCUCGGUACGAUCCGGCUUCGGCCACCCUAAUACCACUUCUUCCACGGUCUUAAAUUAUCCCACUUGCUCAACUCCUCCCUUCCGCACAAAUGUCACAAUCAAACUUCACCCCCGCUCUCCUAGCGGGAGCCCUCGCCGGUACCACGGUCGACCUCACCCUUUUCCCCCUCGAUACUUUAAAAACCCGCCUGCAAUCCUCCGCCGGCUUCAUUGCCUCUGGAGGCUUUACAGGAGUAUAUCGAGGAGUCGGUUCUGCUAUAAUUGGCUCUGCGCCCGGAGCUGCAUUGUUCUUUUGUACGUACGAAGCUACCAAAAGCGCAUUCGCGAAACGACGGGAUGCUUUAGAUGCGAAUAUUCCUGGAGGUCGCGGAACGGGGAGAGCAAUCGAACAUAUGGCUGCAGCGAGUUUGGGAGAGAUCGCCGCUUGUGCCGUUCGUGUGCCUACGGAGGUUGUCAAGCAGAGAGCUCAGGCGGGGCAAUAUUCAAGCUCCUUACUCACGCUCAAGGCGAUUCUGGGACAAUACAAACACAUUGGGAUUGUAGGAGUGUGGAAGGAACUCUACCGCGGCUGGAGUGUUACCAUAAUGCGGGAAGUGCCUUUCACAAUCAUACAAUUUCCUCUUUGGGAAUCCAUGAAGGCAUAUAGGAAGAGAACAAGCGGAAGAGAUACUGUGAACGCAGUGGAGAGUGGGCUUAUGGGAAGUCUUGCUGGUGCAGUGGCGGCUGCGGCUACCACUCCUUUGGAUGUGCUGAAGACGAGGAUGAUGUUAGAGAAGCAGAAGAAGUCGACAAAGGUUUUGUUGAAGGAGAUAAUAGCUAAGGGUGGUCCAAAGGCAUUCUUCGCAGGGAUAGGUCCAAGAGUAAUGUGGAUCAGUAUUGGAGGAGCUAUAUUCUUGGGUAGCUACCAAUGGGCAUACAAUGAAUUGGCUAAGGAGGUAAAGGAAUAGAAAGGAAAUGAUACAAAGGGCUAAAUUACUGGUGGGGCAAAUAGUCGGAUGAUUUGACUGCAAAUAGAUAGCUUGAUUACUACGUAGAUACCCUCUCUCUAAGAGCAUGAUCUCACGAUCGAUAUGAACACAAGUGUAAUAUUGCCUUAAUAUACCA